AUGGCACCCAAAGGUGAUGCGCUCGGAAGCAAAAGGAAGCUUACCAAUGGCAGCAAAGAACAUUCGAGCAAGAAGCCCAAGUUCGAUAAGAAACCGUCGCGGAAACAGGAGCCGGAAGAUGAUGUUAGCGACGACAGCGAGAUCAGCGAAUUUUCGGACCGAGAAGAUGGCGGUGCGGCUUUGAACAAUGUGGAUUCGCAGCAGAAUGACGAUAUACCGUUUCGGUCAAAACCUGAUGGCAAUCAACCUGGGAACACCUUUGAAAAAGGUCAAAACUCGCGCGAAUCGCACAUAAAGCAGAAGCAAUUGGCUCAAGAGCGCAAGGCAGCAAAGCCCCUGGCCGAUGAAUUGCAACGGACAAAGAAGCUCUGGGAGAGACUACGGUUGAAAUCCAAAGUCCCGAAAGAUGAACGGCAAAAACUCGUCGAGGAGCUCUUUAGCAUUGCUACAGGUCGUAUGAAGGACUUUGUGCUCAAGCAUGAUUCCGUCCGUGUCGUACAGACCGCUAUCAAGUAUGCGACCCCUGAACGGCGGAAGAUGAUCGCGAAGGAGCUGAGGGGUGCAUAUCCUAUACUGGCCGAAAGCAAGUAUGCCAAAUUCUUAAUUGGCAAGCUUCUUGUGAAAGGCGAUGACGAGAUCCGAGAUAUGAUAGUCCCGGAAUUCUACGGCAGAGUUAGGAAACUUAUCAACCACCCUGAAGCUUCUUGGAUCCUGGAUGAUAUUUACCGAGGCGUUGCUACCAAGGAGCAGAAGGCCAUUCUAUUAAGAGAAUGGUAUGGGCCAGAGUUCCACAUCUUCCGAGCUACAUUGGAGGAUGAGACCGUCCCCACGGCCGAACUUUCUCAAAUCCUUGCGGAACAGCCAAGUAAACGGGGGCCGAUCAUGAAAUAUCUGCUCGACCUAACCAACCAGCUUAUCCAAAAGAAGAUGACUGGGUUUACGAUGCUACACGAUGCCAUGUAUCAAUACUACGUCAAUGCGAAGCCAGGCACCGAGGAAGCUAAAGAAUACAUGGAAAUGAUCAAAGAAGACGAGAACGGCGACCUACUCAAGAACAUGGCUUUCACGAAAUCGGGUGCUCGACUUGUGUGCUUGCUUCUUGCUCAUGGGUCAGCUAAGGACCGAAAACAGAUCCUGAAGACAUAUAAAGAUACUUUCCAACUUAUGUCGAGCGAUCCGCACGGACACUUGAUCAUUCUCGCCGCUUACGAUCUGAUUGACGACACCGUCUUAACUUCUAAGUCCAUCAUAACGGAAUUACUGGGCAAGACAGAACAAAAUGAAGUUUCUAAUAUUGUGAUCGCCGCCAAUGAUCCGAAUGCCCGCUUAACUAUACGAUACCCGCUUGAGGGUGCGUCUAAGGUACUCUUCGAUGCUGGUCGCGCCGACGACCUGAAACUCCUCGAGGAGCUGUGGGAGAUUCGAAAGACAACAAGUAAGAAGGACCCCGAGAUCCGUCGAAAAGAAUUGGUCACAGCAUUAUCACCACAACUACUUUCUGCGAUUGCUUCAUCACCACUAGAUUUAAUAUCUACUUCCCAUGGGUCCCAGUUGGUUACCGAAGCCCUACUUUCCUGCAUCGGAGACAAAUCCGAGGCUUUACAAGCAAUAGCAUCAACCGCAAAGGGAAACCCCAACGAGGCAGAUGCACCAGCCGAUGAAUCCGAAACCGAACUCAUCCCCGUGGAGCACAUAUCCAAAGCCCCCCACGGCGGACGCAUGUUCAAGACCCUGAUAGCAGGCGGCCAUUUUGACAAAGCGACCCGGUGCAUAAUACCCGUAGACCCGCCCCUCCACUUCGCAGAUAUCCUGUACCCCUUCAUCAAAGACCACAUCAUGGCGUGGGCCACAGGCCCAAGCUCGUUCGUCGUGCUCAGCCUCCUAGAAGCAGAAGACUUCUCGAGUAAAAGCGAGCUGAAAAGCACGCUGAAGAAAAAUAAAAAGGCCCUCGAGAAAGCGGCGACGGAGGAGACGCCGGAGCAGAAGGCGGCUAAGGAGGUGGGUGUCGAGGAGAAAAAGAAAAAGAAGGGGAAGAAGGCUGGGACGAAAAAGGAGCCGGCUGUGGGGAAUAUGGGGUCUAAGUUGCUGUUGGAGAAGUUGGAGGGUUAG